CUGCGGGAGUAUCAGGGUAAUAAGCUGGAGGGUAUACGUCUCUUCUCUCCUCUCUCCUCCUCCGCAUUGCACUUGCAGCAGCACUCCGGACAGGACGGUCUCCUCCUCCUCCACCUCCUCUUCUUGUUGUUGUUCUUCUUCUUCUUGUGUGGUGGUGCUGAGGGGUACACCGACAGCCGCAUCUGACUCCAGUCCACAGGGUCCCGGACUGACUCGUGAUGGUGCGGACUCAUUGAUAAAAACCCGCUGUCGCUGGAAAUAAAAUGAGCACUCCUGCUGAGCGGCUCUCCUCCUCCACAUAGCGCUGCCUUCUCUGCUCAACACCCGUUUCUGUGUGACUCCAGCAGGCGACGCAGGAUGACUACUACCUUAUCGCUGGUGACCGUGUGCGCUUUGGUGGCGUUAGCGUUGGCGUCUAAGACGGAGCGGGCGGUGCAGGUCGCCUGCGAGUCCGGCCAGUACACCACCAAUGGAGAAUGCUGCGAGGAUUGUCCACCCGGAGAGGGAGUGGUGAAGAAAUGUGGCUCCACGCAGACCGUCUGCUCCCAGUGUUUGGACAGUGAGACCUUCUCAGAGGACUACAGUCUCACAGAGCAGUGCCGGCCCUGCACCGAGUGCACCGGCCUGAUGCGGAUGGAGACGCCCUGCACCGACUCCAACGACGCCAUCUGCGUCUGCAACUACAACUUUUUCUUCGACGGGAUAUUGGGCCAGUGCGAGCCGUGUACGGUGUGCCCGGUAGGCCAGGGCGUGUACUCGCACUGCGAACACGAUCACGACACGGUGUGCGAAGAGUGCAUCGACGAUACCUACUCGGACCGGGAAAGCUCCCUGGACCCCUGCCUGCCCUGCACCAUCUGUGAUGAGGACAGUGAGAUACAGCUGUCUGAGUGCACACCAAACAGGGACUCCGUCUGUCACGAUCCUCUCCUCCCAACAUAUUUUGCUCCCACCUCCGAUAUGGGCCCGUCUCCACCCUCCUUCACCAAUUACUUCCUCCCCGACGGCUCAGACGGCCCGGUGCCUGGAGAGACGACCACGUCCAGCGCUGGCUCUCCGCGCUUCCUCGGCCACGGUCUCAACGAAAACCUCAUCCCCAUCUACUGCUCCAUCCUGGCCGCCGUGGUGGUGGGCCUCGUGGCCUACAUCGUUUUUAAGAGGUGGAAUAGCUGCAAGCAGAACAAGCAGGCAGCCAACAACCGCGCGGCUACAAGCAACCAGAUGGUGACGCCGGAGGGAGAGAAGCUGCACAGCGACAGCGGCAUCUCGGUGGACAGUCAGAGUCUGCAGGAGCAGCAGCAGCAGCAGCAGGCCCAGGCUGAAGUUCAGGCUCAGCCUUCACGCUCACGCACACAGGAACAGAUCGUGGUGAGGGUGGAUGGCGGCCCCCAGCCUGACACAGCUCCCCAUGAAAUCUGAGGAAGAGGAGGAGGCGUCAGAACUGAAGAAGGGGAGAGGAGAGUGGAGACUUGAACCGUGGACCAAACAGAAAGCCUUGGGGAGAGGGAGGGGGGGGGGGAUUCAUAACUGAAGUGGCCACAGAGCAAAGACUUGACUUGUAUGGACCCCCCCGGCCCCAGCACCUUUGGGCCACAGUGUGACUCUUCAUCCCUGCAUAUAGAGUUCAACUCUAUCAAUCAGUGUGUGCCUGGACACGACCACUCCGGCAAUACCAACCACUAUCUGCACCAACGUCGCUGCAGAUACAUAAUCAGAGGUAUAUGCCGGUUCAUCUCGUAGUAACGGACUACUCCAGCGCUAAUAUUGACACGACUCUCACUAACUGCCAACGUGGUUUUCAAUCGUUACCAUUUCCCCCUUAAUUCCAUAAUCCAUGAAAUAUAUGUGCCUGAAUGGUGAACAAGGCAGAAAGGUUCUCCAUCAUCUCUUUCUUUUUUCCUGUGCACCUUCCUCCUCAUCUUCCUCUGUGGCGUACCACUCUCUGAUAAUCCUCCGUCUCUCUCCAGAGGAUUCACUCCAUUAGACCCCCCCGCCGCCGCCGCCGCCGUCGUCUGCGACACAAAAAGCAGCGGGGGAGCUGUGAGUCACCAACGUCUUCUGAAGUUCCUUGUUCUUUUGUCGUUUCGCCACCGACGCAUUUCAUGGCAUGUUGUCUUGUAAAAUGUUUGCGUCACUGUUUGAGAUUGGCUGCACCGACCGAUACAAGCGACUCACAUUUGGGAAGAAAGGUCGAUUGCUGUGCAGCCCGCUCGGUAAUCAACUAUUUCCUUCUUCCUGCACUCAUCAUAGACCCCAUCGCAGCGACUCCAGGGAUUGUCUUUCAGUAAUUUCACGCUUAUAAUGUAACACGGCCCAAUGUUUGUCUCCUGUUUGUGGUGCAUUACUUUCAUUUUGGGGCUCGAGUUACACUGCUGACUCAGCAGGGUGCCUCCACGGUCCUCUGUGGAGCCUGGAUGUGCAACAUGAGAGAAACAUCUCUGGACUGUGGAGCUCUGCUGACUCACCGUGACGGUGUCCGAGGGGGAAGUGAAUCAACGUUAAAUCCGUUAUACAGAGCUGCUCGUUAAACAGAUGAAUUCUGUACUGAAAAAAAUGGGCAAACCGGAAUCCCAUCUGUCAUUUCUUUAUGCCCACUGAGGGGCAAAUUGGGACACCCCUCAGAGGCAAACUCCUCUCACUAUCCUCAGCUCACUGACACCACCACACUUCUAAACACUCACUGUUACAGUCUUGCAUAAAGCUCUGUCUGCGUGAUAAAGCCUGAUAAACAGCGCUGAGGCCCUAAUGCAUCGUCAGGCGGCGCUCAUGUCAACACGAGGGCCCAUUAGAGAGACGUCCCGGCAGGCAGGUAGUAAUUACCUCAGGGUUUCAGCUUCAUUUACCCUCUGCUCGGAUCAGCUCAGACACUUCUCAUCGGGAUUAACGCCGCGGACAACAGCCCUCUUUGAAGCCUCAGCAUGACAUUACGGACCUCUUAUCCAAGUCCGAGGCCAUUGACAUUUACUGUAUCUCCAUGGCGAUAUAAAAGCACUUAGUUGCAAGGCAGGGUGGCACUUUUGAUCACCACUUUUAUGCUGCCUCCCUCUGCUUGCAGUAACUGUAAAAGCAGUCAACAUAGAUAGAUGUCUUGUAAAAGAAGUAUACUGUAGUUGAGUUCGACUGCACUGCUUUUGCAGCCAUUCCGACAGGGGUACAUACUUUUCUCAGGGUCCCUCUUGUUGUGGUGCGACUUUAAGGAGACCAACACACCUGUAGGGGGUUUCUGUAAACAACCUGCAGAUGUACGAUGGAGUAGGUAGGUAGGCAGGUACAGAGAUAAAGCAGCCGUUGUGUAAGAACAUGUAGAAAGAUACGGGUGGAUAUGCUACUACGCAGAUGACUUUCACUCUCUUCGUCAGACUUAGAUCAGAAGAUUAAUAAAAUAAUCAUAUCCCAUACAGUAAAUAUAAAGCUACUGCCAACAGCUUAGCUUAGCUCUGGUAAAGGAAGCAAAUACGUGUUCAAACCAAGAGACAAGACGUGUCAGCAGAGCUUGUAGAGUUCAGUGAGCGAUAGAUAAGAAAUGUCAUGAAGACAGAAAGUGAGUCAUUCUAUCCUGUGUGAUGCUGCAUGCAUCGGUCACAUGGUCGCCAACAUCUCAAGUCAGUUAAAAUAAAAAAAACGCUGCUGUUCUUUUGCUCACAGAUCCUCCGUUGAUGUGGGCAUGUGACCACACACACACACACACACACACACACACACACACACACCGACAGUAUGAUUCACUCCUCUGCUGAGAGAGCUGGUGUGAUUUAUCCUGAUCAUAGCUGUGGCAGCUUUACAUUAAAAGCAGACGCUUCCACAGUUUAAGUGACCCGAGUGUUGAUUCAAAGAAAAAAAAAAAAAACUCCUCGACUCCCGUCUCCCCACGAGGUCCGAUCGACCCUCGAGCAGCCCACUCAUCCACCCAAAACAGACUUAUUCUCUUUCUCCUGCAACUCGUGAAGUGAGAAACACAAUGAAAGAAUGUACGACCCCAAUAUAAACAGAAAUAUGCAAGACACAUUCAAGGAUGAGGUUUGGGUUUGCCCUCACUCUGUUGUUGUACAUUUGUCUUUACGUUUUCCUGUCGGGUUGUAUUAUGAAUAGUAUUACACUUCUUAGAGUAUUUUUUCUAACUGAUAUGUUAUUUUGUAGCACUUACUAGAAGUAAUAUGAAUGCACUCAAAGAGUGUGCCACAGUUCAAGUGCCUGUGUACAGUGUCAGGUGUCUUUAAGUUCAGAAGUAUGAUUAUAUAUUUUUUUGCAGUUUUUUUCACUUAUACUAUGAUUUUGUGUGUAUUUUUGAUGAAGGUUUUUAGUAAGUCAGACGACCUUAGGAGACUCAAGCAAACUGUAUAAACCUGGCACCAAUGUUAAGAGACUUAUACACACAGGUUGCCAAUGAAGACAUGCUGUGUGUUGACAUGCUAUAAAUACUGGCAACUAAUAGGGUCAUGUAGCAUGACAACAACAUACACAUGUCAGCUGAGACUCCUGCUACAAAACUCACAUACGCUAUUAGUCAAUAGGAAUCAGCUCUACUGUGCAGAGGUUUUUGCAUGUACAGUGAGUUUCAUUAUGUACCUCCAUUUCAGAGGCUACCACACAUGUAAUCUGCCGUAACAUGAGAUCUAUGGGGAGGUUGGCUGAUACAGAUGGAUGAGCACCUGCUCCCGAAAAUGCUGAAUGUCACUUGUACUUACCUACUAAUGUAAAAUGCAUUGUGUAAAUGUGAAUUUCUUAGAGUUGAUACAAGAUACAGAAAUACACGAUAAAAUGUAAAAAAAACUAAACAAAAAUGUGUGCAAAUGAGAUGAGCAUCUAUAAUACAAUAAACAGAGAUGUCAUCGCA